AUGACCUAUUUUACUAACUCAAAAUACGCUUGCAUCGUGGAAGUCGAGUUUCAGGAACGUUUUUCCGAGAUGACGGUACAGUUCUCCUGUUUUGGGGCUCUAACUACUUUCAUUGAUGACUUUUUACAGUAGAAUAUUAAUUUGGUUCCUUAAAUUUGUUCUUGCAUGUGUGAAAUAGUCUUACGAAGACGAGGAAAACUUUGGAAGCUACAGUGUUGUAGGAUCAUUUCCCAAAGAUUUUGGGUAAGAUCGCCCUCUUUUCCUUUGUAGUAUUUUAACGUAAAACCUACUAUACAAUGAUAGAAGUAGAAUUCUUUUUCAGAUUGGUUGUUUGACCAGUAAUGGCCUCGCGAUUAUAAGGUCGAGUCUGAAAACUACUUCAAAGACAAGAUCAGUGUUGUCAAACUCUGAGAACGUGAGCUUGAAUUAAUAUCGAAGCCUGCUCGAUAUUUAUUUUCACUAAGAGGCUUCAUUAUUUUUGGAUAAAGUAGUUAACUUAACGAAUAAUCAGAGGAUAUUCAUUUCCUUAAUGAAACUAAAAUUCUAAUUAAAGAUCCGUUAGCUGAAAUGCACAUGUAUGGGCGCGUGACCAGAAUCUUGUGCAAUUCUUACCUGAGUGGAUGUUCAGUUAAAUUGAGGAAGAACAAAACAGCCCUAUGCGAAAAGUACCUGAAUUCACACAUGAGUUGUCCUACAUACUAUAAAUAAAAUAAGCUAUUUUGGUAGAAAUUGUAAUGUAAUUAAGUUUCUGUUCGCCGGCCGGGAUCAGAGAUGGUCAAAUUAUAAAGUAAAACUGAAUUAAUAUUCGUACAUGCACCAACAAAAGUAAGGCCUGUGUUCGCGGGAAAUUAAAAAAUUUGGCUUGUUUGUGUUUCAAACGUCAAAUUCUCCGAACUUCCACAUACAUGUACGUCAGAUUUUACAGAGCAGAAGUUAUCAAGUAAAUUAUUAUUUAUUAGAGGACUGAAAGUAAACCUGCUUUCAAUUUCUGUGCAAAGGGUUUGCAGUUACUUUCCAUGCAUCCCGUUGUAGUUUUCAGGGAUUUUCACCAACCUAUCUUGAAAGUUUGUCACAAGGCUUAAGGCUGGUUUUCACCAGGGACUGAGUUGGAUGGUCAAAGUUGGAAUGAGAAGCACAAGAGAAUUCCACUUAUGACUCCAUUUCUUAUUGGUGACAUAGACUAGAUUGUCGGAGCAUAGUUAGUAGAGGAGACUGGUUAUGAAAGGUGAUAAACAUCAAAUGAUGAGCUUAUUUUAUUAACAUUAAGAAACCACAGAUGUAGGCUACAAAGAAAGCCAGUUUUACAGCCUGCUAUUCGGGCAAGCUGUAGCUAGUAUGUACUAGCCCACAAGUCAUUUCAACUAGCCCCCAAUCCCUUUUGAUUAGCAGGAUUGAUUACAAUCCUUCUGUAAUUUGAAUUUCUCAAAAAACAGCACUUGCCCAUCAGGCAAGUUAAGAACAAAAACCACUAGCCCGAUAGCAAAAUCCACUGGCCCAGGGCUAUCGGACACAACUUUCUUUGCAUGCUGAGAGGUUUUCUUAGGUUUCAACUUAUUUCUAAAAUUGUACAUAGUCUUCAGUGUGCAGAGCAGCUAUUCUCAUAUUUACCUCGCCAAUCCAGCGUACAUAUGAGGGAGCUCAGGGACAACAAUUUACUACAUCUACCAAGAGCCAGGACAACCUCAGGCCAAAGUACCUUUCAGUACUUGGCUGCGAAAGACUAAAAAAAGCCUUCCAACACUCACAAGGCGCAUAUCUAACUUUAAUUCUUUUAAUCAGCAAUUUUUAAGUUUUUUGCGUGACGAAGAUGAACACAGUCACCAAUGCUCAGUUUUAUGUCCAGCAGCAUUUGAGAACCAGGCUUAAUCGAAACCAAUUGCACUAUCCAGUGGGUAUAGAUUUAUCCAUUGGAAAGCCUUAUGUACCCUUUGAACAACUGGCACCUGCAUUACUUGUCAAUUACUUGUGAUCUUACUCUCUCAGAUAUGGACCAGAAGAUCAGGAUGAUAUCGCACACAGUGACAGCAAACCACGCAUUUUAUUGCUGGGUCUCAGAAGGUCUGCCUGCUCUAUCAUUCAUACAAAUUACAAUGUUUAUAAUAGUACAUGUACAGUGUACAACCUUGUAUCAUGUUACAGUGAUGACUGCAUUGAGUUGCAAGUAAUUAAGUUAUUAACUUGUCCAAUAAUAAAGUACAUGUAGCCUUAAAGGCUCAAAGUUGUCAAAAAGGUGUGGAAAACAAGACAAAAGAGUUACAAAGUUUGUCAAAAAUAAGUGACAAGGGUAGUGCAAUCAUCUUUGUAAAAUACAAGAGAAUCAAUGUUGUACAUCUGUUUUAUUAACUUCUUGUAUAUCCAAUUUUUAGGAGUGGCAAAUCUUCUAUUCAGAAGGUUGUAUUUCACAAGAUGUCUCCAAAUGAAACUCUUUUCUUGGAGAGUACCAACAAAAUAGUAAAAGAUGGUAUCCUUUAACAAAAAAGAGUUAUAAUUUACAUGCAAUACUGCAUGUACGCUUUUUCUUAGAAUAUCAAUUCCUUUUAGACACAGCUUCUUCUGAUCAGUGUUAAAAAUAAUACUAUAAUGUAAGGUUUUUUCAUGUGCAUGUACAAGCUCAAGUUGUAUGUAGUUUUGCCUGCAAAUGUGGGUAAAAAAAAAUUACAUUUUAUUAAUUAAUUGUAAUAUUUUAAUUUAUCAAAGUGCAAUAAGCUGGAAUGCUCUGUGCAUGCAGAUGCAGUCACCAUAUGUUUUAGUAUCCUUAACUUAUUUUUAGAUAUUUCAAAUAGCUCAUUUGUACAGUUUCAAGUAAGCACAAAUUUUAUCUUUCUUUUUAUUGUAUCUAAUACAGCUUUGUCUGAUAGGUUUGAUUUCUCAGACUCUCCUUUUUCUAUAUAAAUUAUUGUAACAAAAUGGAAAAGAUGGCAGAUUCAUGAAGGGGCCAGGAUGAAACAAUUUGAAAUCACUUCUGUGAACUAAACUCAAUUUUAUGGGAGAUCGUUACAUGUAUGUGCUGCUACAUAAAGUAUUCCAUCCAACCUCUUUUGAUGGUUAAUGCUUUGAAACCUCGGCCCCUCCAGAAAUUCAGACUGUACUUAAUAUACAUGAAGUACACAAUAAUGUUAUUCCCCAUCUUUAUCAAUUCACACUUUGGAAUAAGAUUAAAAUAUAAAAAUUACUGCCAAGCCAGCCAGCUACCGUAUUUAUUCAAAUAAGCACCCAACCUCGAAUUAGCACCCACCCCACCUCCCUCCCCCUCAAACUCAAACUCAAAUAAGCGCCACCCCCUUUCUGGUAGCCUGCGAACAGCAGAUGCAUUUCCGGUCAUCGCUUCUCUCAGGCUACCUUUCUGGUCUCUCCCACUAAAAAAACCUUAAAUAAGUACUAAUGAGAGACUUGCCCGAACACGGAGUUUUCUUCAGAGUAUUUUAAGAGACCUUGCUUUGUUACAUCGUCACGUUUUAUUAUUACCAUUUAUUGUAUUGUUGCAAAAUUAACAUACUACACUUGCUGAAAAUGCUGAAAAUUAAAUAAGCGCCCAGCCUCGAAUAAGCGCCCACCUCGAAUAAGCGCCCACUCUUAAGGUCCAAAAAUUUAAUAAGUGCCCAGGGCAGUUAAUCGAAUAAAUACGGUAGGUAUUUUCUUGGGCAUCAGACACUUUUGAAAACCCUGUAAGGCAAGCAUAAAACUGCAUCAAAAGUUUUAGAUAUUUGGGUGAGUUUUUUGGGUCCCAGCAUGUGUUAAUAGUGGUUCUUACGAAUAAUCAAUUAUUAUAAUGGUUUUGCAAUAUUGUUAUUGUUGUUGCAGAUAUGGGACUUUCCUGGACAAAUAGAUUUCUUUGACCCAGCAUUUGAUUCAGAAGUGCUGUUUGGUCACUGUGGAGCUCUUGUCUUUGUCAUAGAUGCUCAGGUAAAACUGUUCAGAAUUAGUGGGAAACCAAUCUCUCUUGUUAUUUCAAGAGACAGCCAAAGGAGCAGCAGCAUUUGUCAACCAGCAUUAAAAAAAAAUUAAUCUAGUUUAAUGUGAAAUAGUAGGGAGCAAUGUACAUGUACCAGAAGAAUAAUGUUCAUUAUUGUAUUUACAGCGUUGAAUAUUGUUCCAAGUUCGUCAUAAGAAUAAUUAUAAUUCUUUUCUGUUUUUUUUCCCCUCAGGAUGAUUACAUGGAAGCCCUAGGAAAACUUCACAUGACUGUUACAAGAGCAUACAAAGUAGGCUUGAAAAUUGAGUUGCAUAAUUUUAUGACAAUUGUCUACUACAGUCUGUAGCCCUAAUUAUUCAUGAAUUAAUUAGGACUAGGAAACAAAGGAAAUUGAGAAUGAACCUAAGUUAAAAAAAUUUAACCUGAAAUCAAAUUUUUGAACCAUAACUUAAAUGCACUGUACCAUAUACAACCAUGUAAAAUAUGGUUCAUACAGUCAGUUCCUGAUAAUUUGAACCUUCAAGGGAAAGAAAAAUAGUUUGAGUUACCAGGAGUUCGACUUCAGUAAAAUUGUCAAGGGUUCGAGUUACCAGGAUUCAACUAAGGUAAAAUUAUUUUUGCAGUAAAUAUGGUCAUUCUCUUGCUCCUUGAUGUUUGAAUAUCAGUUCUCAAACUCAUUAAUAAUUCUUAACGAGAAAACAAUUAAAAUCACAACCGUGAUGGUGGUUUGGAUAUCGGUUACUAAUUAUCAUAAAAUUUUGCAAAAUUUAUCUUUGAAUUUCUGCAAGAAUUAUUGUUCAUUUGGGAAGCUAUAUCAAAAACUCCACUUGAGAAGUGUUUCAUCUAUAUCCAGACACCUCAAAGUCGGUCUCAAAAAACAUGGCUGUGCCUCAUAUUUCAGCCCACUUCUCGGUGUCUGGAUAUCGGAUGAAACACUGCGUGUCGUUUUUUAUGUAUUAUGUGAAAUACUUGUCUUUCUCGUUUUUAAUAUGUCAACUUCAUUUUUUUCAGGUCAACCCAAACAUAAAGUUUGAAGUUUUCAUCCACAAAGUGGAUGGUCUGUCAGAUGAUCAUAAAAUUGGUGGGUUCAAUUUGCUACUAACCUUAUACAUGUAGUUGCAAACUGGCUGCAUUUGGGGAGUCAAAUAUAUUAUUGUAGUUUACGGAUUCUUUGCAGCAAGUUAAAGAUCCCUUUUGUAAGAGAAAAAAAACUACUAUAUUGAACACAUUGAUCUCAAAAAAAAAAAAUUGUCCCUACUAUUCUUAAAAGAAAUGUAUGACAAUAAGUCUCGAGAAUUUGUUUGUGGAUCUUAAGGCUUAGAAGGGUUAAAAACAAACGGACUGAUCUUGACUGUAAUGGGCUGUCAAUGAAAACAUUUGAGACUCUCCAAGAUACAAGGAUCCUUGUUUAAAAAAUCAAGACUUUGUGAUGAAAAGUUGUAUUCUUUGACACAGAAAGUCACCCUUACGAAAAGACUUUGAGACUCAAAAUCCAGGAUUCAAAGAUUUCUAGGUUAGCUCAAAGUACUGCGAGACCUGGAAGAUUUUAAAGAAAAAGUUUUCUGGAGGUUUUUCCACAGUAUUUCUUACAUGUAGUCCAUUGAUGCACACAUGUAUAUAUUUGUAUAUGCAUGACACUGCUGAAUGUUUUGUUUCACAGAAACACAACGUGAUAUUCACCAAAGAGCAACGGAUGAUUUAACAGAUGCUGGACUUGAAGGUCUCCACCUAAGGUUAGUUUUGUAAUGGCUGUCCACAGGUAGUUAGUGAGUGCGUUGGCUUGGCUGUAGCGAGUCUCAUACUCCAUAACUUUUUGCUACCAGAGUGUUACUUGAGUGGAAAUUCCAGAAGGAGUAUUAAAAUGUAGUAAAUUAGUUUAAUUUCUGAUUCCUCUUUCUUUUUUGUUUCAGUUUCUACUUGACAAGUAUAUACGAUCAUUCUAUAUUUGAGGUAAGUUUCUAAAACUGUUUUUUUUUUUUCAGUUUUGUGCAAAUGUAAAAACAUGCAGAGAACAUGUGAAUCCUGCAUGGUCAAUCAUAUAAACAAGAUUGAGCUUUUUAAUGAGGAUCUCCUGAAUUGCACAUAUGAUGGAUAUCUACCCAAAAUUCAAAGGCGGCUCGCAUGUCUUGUAACAAAUCCCAGUAUAACUGGCUUAGAAAACAAUGAAACAAACAAAAUCAACGAUGAACUCUGACACUGAAACAAUAGUAGUGCAAGCUAUAGAGAUGUCGAGCCAGUAAAAUAAGAGGUUAAUGAGAGGUGCAUGGCUACCGGAAGUUCAUGAAUACUACUCCUCUGUGAUUUCUUGAAUGCCUUGGAAUUUUAAAAUCUUCUUGGAUGUCAGUACUAAAUAGUAUUUUAUUCAAAGUAUAGUAAUUAAUAAUUAAAUGAUAAAGUUCUCAUCAGAAACUGAUAGUGGAAAUUUUAUGGAAUUUUGUUCCCAUUUAUUCAGUGGUCUGAAUGAAAGAUGAGUAAACCUCAUAUAUUAUUAUGAUUAUUUUUAAAGGCCUUUAGUAAAGUGGUGCAGAAACUAGUACCCCAGCUUCCAACCCUGGAGAACUUAUUAAAUAUUCUUAUAACUGUAAGUAUGCGUCACAAUAUUAUUGAUUUUUACUGUUAUUUCUUUGAAUUGUUUUUUGUAAAAGCCAAGAAUAGAAAGUGUCAAUUAACAUUACAGCUGUAUACAAGGAAAUAAAGAACCGACUAAAUGACCAGCCCCUAUUGCUUUUUUAGUUCAAAAUUAUUGGUUUAUAGUACACUGCUGCACCAUUAUUGCAGCGGUCAGGGGUGCAAAGAAAUCGCAUUUAAUGCACGCCUAGUUUUUUUUAGGCUUUCAGUCUGUUGGCAACUACAGUACAAAGGUUACAUCAUUUGAUAAAUAAAUAAAUAAUGAGACUUUUAAUGCCUUUCACAAUUACUGGUUAGCCCAGUAGUUUACCGGCGUUGUGGGCCCACAAAUUGAUAUUUAUGUAUCUAUUUUUCCAAUGGUACAGUAAUUAAGUAAGGAAAUGAGUUGGUAACCCAAAGACUAUUUCUUUCUUCAGAAUUCUGGUAUUGAGAAGGCCUUUCUAUUUGAUGUUGUCAGCAAAAUCUAUGUGGCCACAGAUAGGUAUGUACAUGAAAUAUUUAUUAUUGUAUCUAAGAUGCACUGCAUUGAUAAAAUAAGAUUGUAUUUUCUAUGAAACCCUAAAAGCUAAGCCACAGUACAUGUGUGUAGCAUCAUCUUUGUGGUGCCAUCACUAAGUUUUUAAGUUGCUGCCUAUUAUACAAUAAGUAGGUGGAGAAUUGAACAGCUUGGAAAUUCUCUUGCUGUUAUUUUUCUCUUUAGUGUUUCUUAUGAAAGCAGGUUGGUUUAUAGCUGGGGGAAGCUUGCGGCUCGCAUCCCUUGGCCCUUAGUGUCAGCCCUUGUACAUUGUACAGCUGUAUGCUAAAAUACAGUGUAGAAAGGGCCUUUGCUUUAGUUGGGGUUAAGGGUCAUUGACCAGCACCAAACUGUUAAGAAUAAGGCACAAAGAGAGGGCAGGUUUUUUUCAUAAUUUGAUGCAUUACUGGAUAGAUUAUUUUUGGACAUCCUCUAAAAUCUUUUAUUUAUUUUUUUCCUUUUUCUUUUAGUUCUCCAGUAGACAUGCAGUCAUAUGAGCUCUGCUGUGAUAUGAUUGAUGUAGUUAUUGACAUUUCCUGUAUUUAUGGGUGAGCAAAGGUUUUUUUGUUGUUGUUAUAAAAAAUUAUAAGCUCAGCCGUUGACUGUAGUUUAAAUAUUACAAUGUAUCAUAUUCUUUCCACUUCAGCUUUCCACUAAUGAGUAACACAUUACUCGAAAACGAUAGCCCUCAAAAUAAGAUAACAGUUGAUAAAAUUACCUCAACUGGUAGACCCUGGUAGUUAACCAUUUCCUCCAAAAUCACUGCCGCUCAUCCCCACCCCCUCCCCCUAGCUAUCCCCACAGACAUCCGAGGGCAUGUUGCAUUAGGUACAUUAAGUGGCCGAUAGGCUCUCCAAUCAUAAUUUCUCCAUCUUUUUUUAAAUUUUCUUUUAAGUAACUUGUAAACACUUUGAACUCAAUUAAUUGUUACAACCCAAUGACGAUUCAGUCAUUCACAUGAAAUGGUGGAAAUCAAAUUAGCCAAAAAUAAGUUACAUGUAGUUUUGGUAUUGUGCCCAAGUUUUGACCCCAACUAUUAAUGAAAGGUUUUGAAUCCUGAGAAAAAGCAAUACUUUGUCUUGGAUUAAAGAUGGGCCAGUGUUAAAUGUGGUAAUUUUCAGGUUAAGAGACGAAGGAGACAGUAGUGCUUAUGAUAUGGAGUCCUCAUCAAUCAUUAAACUUAAUAACUCCACUAUCCUGUACCUCCGUGAAGUUAAUAAGUAAGUUAUUACUGAUGAAAGGUUUGAACCAGAGUUAUUUCAUUGUCAGUGAAUAUAAUCGUCCGGGCGAGUGUAGUCCUCAACAGUACUGUUGUUAACAGUGACUGACGUUUCGACAACCUGUGCGCAGUAGUCAUCUUCAGAGUAAGACUAGGUUUGUCGAAACGUCAUUCACUGUCAACAACAGUACUGUGCAGGACUUCACUCACCCGGACGACUACAUUCCACCUACUUAUAAGAUAUUGAUUUUCAUUAUUAAAGGUUAAGGAGUGCAUACGGCCAAUCACGCUCGCUAGUUCUCUCCCCUUUGGCUAGCCUCCCACGCAGACGUUCUUAGGGUUUCGUCAGGCGUUCCUUCCCUUUUGGCAAGUUGAUGGUGUUAUUCGCCCCUGCAAAAUAUGGUAACCGGUCAAGUCGUCCGAAAGUCUUCUCGCCCGUAGUCAAGUGGCUUAAAACUAGAGUUAUGUCACCCGAAAUUUUAUGGAGUGUAUAAACUUGAGUAAAAGUUACAGUAUGCCGUAAAAAAGACGAGUUAUGCGUCCCAAGAUCGUUUCACCGUUUGUCCCUGUUUUUUAGUUGGAGUGCGUUCCACUACAUCGAACGCAAUGAUACUUGCAGUACGCGGUCGAAAGUUAGUGAUCUAUCUCUAAGUUACGAUUGUGAGUGAGAAAAACUAUAAACAAAACCCUUUAUAGUUUAAUGCAGUUUACCAAGAGCGAUGUAGCAGAAGUCCAAGUGUUCGAAUCGACUAAUGAAAACAUGUCGGUUUGUUUGUUGGUUUUUUUUAACAGGUUUCUUGCCCUCGUUUGCAUUUUACGGGAUGUCAACUUUGAGAAGAAAGGUCUGUGUUCCAAAGUUUUCUAGUGCUGUUUAUUUUAGUUGAUUCAUUCAUUUUUUAGAACCUUCUGGAGAAGGUCUGGUUUUUGAAGAAGCGAGGAAGAAGAGCGGUUAAUGUGUGUUAACUUACCGAACAUGAAAGUUAGCAUAAAGAGCUAUAUCAGCCCUUUAUCGGGACUAAAAGAUGGAAUUGUUGACAUAAGAACACGACGAAAGUAUUGUCCAUUCAUUUUGGGUUUCACUUGAAGGUUAUUUACUUAUUACAAAUGAAUAAUAAAUAAUUGAAGGUUGGUCGGUCUUGUGUCGAAUUGCAUUAUGGAACUGUUUGGCGAAACGCUAUCGAUUUACUAUUUUAUUGGCUAUUACGAGGUUGCGCGGAAAACUGGGUUAAAAAUCGCCUAAGGUGGAUUUCCACUGUCGCGUAACUUUAGGUGCGUUUUCAUGGGUAAAUAAAAUUGAGGCAAUGUAUCAAAGGUCGCGCUUAAACGUAAAAAAAUAAACCUCGCGCAACUUUUACCUUUACGCGAGACAUUGUGGUACAGUGCCUCAAUUUUAGUUACGUACGGUAAUUUACGUGCGUACGCACGAAAAAAUUACGUGACAGUAGAAACCCACCUUAUAAGACCUUGCUUAAAUGCCGCGCCUAUUCUGUACCAAAUCUAAUUAACGACUUAAGUGCGACGACAGAUUCAAAGGGCGUACAUACUAAAUGAAAACGAACUACACUGUAACAGAAAAAUAUUAAUGAUUAUUGAGACAGUUUAAGUAACAUAAUUGCUUUUGUUGUUUUAGGUUUGAUUGACUACAAUUUCUAUUGCUUCCGUCAAGCCAUAAGUGAGGUAUGUGGAAUUUCUUGUCAAUUUAGGACCGCGAGGUUUAGAAUCUGCGAUUGA